CCCAAAUUCCAACCCAGAAAACCCUCUCUCUCUCUGUUUUUCUCUGCUUCAAUUCUCUGUUUCUCUAACCCGGAAUCCCCAAACUCCAACCCAGAAAACCCUAAUUCAAACCCAGAAAGGAAUUUAGGGUUAUGGAUCGUUGUUUUCCUGUGGGUUUGAGAUUCCACCCGACUGAUGAAGAACUGAUUGGGCACUACCUCCACCUCAAGAAUAAUCCUAACUCGGCGACACCGUCCUUGGUACUUCCUGAGUUUGAUUUGUACGGUGAGGCCGAACCCUGGAUCAUUUGGGAUGCCUAUGGAGGACCCAAUCUCAAACAACAAGAUCUCUUCUUUUUUACUCUCCUUAAGAAGAAGGCCAAUCCCCGCGGCGGCCAUGCUAGUUCCCGGCAUAGUCGAAGGGUUGGAUCAUCGGGCACAUGGAGCCAAGGUGAACCGUCCAAACCCAUUUUUGGCGAGAAGAACCAGGAAACCCCAAUUGGGCGAAAGACGAAAUUGAGGUACGAGAACAAACUGGUGCCGGAACAACACGGUUGUUGGAUUAUGGAGGAGUAUACCAGUGUUGAUGAUCAAUCCAGUUGUCCUGCCGCUCAUGAUCAUUAUGUGAUUUGCCGACUCCGAGAGAACAAGACUGGACAAAGAGGAGCAAUCAGAAGGAAGUCUCAGGAUGAUGAUGAUCACCAUCCAAAGCCUAGGAAAAAGCCCAAGUCUUUGACAGUUUCUGAUCCACAACCUGCUUUUACAACCAAUGAGGCUAGAAAGAUAGUGUCUUUGAACCAGAGUCCUAAUCCUGAGCAGCAAUUUGAAAAUGAGUUGAUUAUUAGUGAGGGUGAGGCACAAAGCAGUAUUAGUAAUUGUAUUGGUAUGCCCGAGGAUAUUGAUUGGCUUGAUCUUGCAUUGGAGGAUAUUGAUUGGCUUGAUCUUGCAUUGGAGGAAGUAGAAGGGGAUAGACUAUGCCCUGCACUCGCAGAACAACAAACAUUGUUGUCAUCAUUGACCUUUCAACUUUGUUAAGUUGGUUACUUAA